AUGCCAAACUUGAAAGAAUUAACCUUAGAAGUGUUAACACAAGAAGUGAUGCUUUCUAUAAUAGAAAACUGUCCUAAUCUUACUCAUCUUAUUCUCAAGGGCUAUCGUCCAUUUCCUCAUGAUCAGAUAUUUAAAGACUUAAUUCAAAAAUUACAAAUAACCCACUUAACUAUUACAUUUCUGUAUAGCAAUUCUGUUAUUUCUGAAUCUUCGAUUCUAUCAAAAGAAUUUCUUCCACCUUCGCUUAAAUAUUUAGUAAUUCAUUGUGGGCUUAUUACAAUUUAUCUUGAUAGUCUACUAGAUGAUUGUUGCUACAUGAAAUUAAAAAGGUUAAUUAUUCAUAUAAUGAAGUCUUUUCUUUACAAUUCAACCAAUAAUUCUCAAUUUGAUGAUAUUACUGAUAAAUAUCU